AUGGAAAAGUAUAGCCAAUUUCGCGAUCGAGCGACGGGUAUCGCGCCCUUUCUUCCUGUCUCGACACCCGUAUCAGCGGUCGCAACAUUCACCCACGCCGUUAUCUUCCUCUGCCGCCUGCCAUUCUUCAUCACCUACUUUCUCGGUUACUUCCUCUUCUUCCACUUCCUUCCUUUGCCUGUUAUCUUUAGAAAGGUUGCCCUUUGGGGGUUGAUGGCUAUACCGGGAAUAUGGUGGGUUGACCUGCAGCUCGACGGUGUCAAACGUGGCACCCUGGCCGACCAGCCCCGCGAGCGCUUCCCUCACCCUGGCUCAGUUAUCGCAGCCAAUUUCUCGAGUCCUGUCGAUGCGAUUUAUCUCGCCGCUAUCUUCGACCCCAUCUUUACGAUCUCGUAUCCUGAAACCCGCCGUGUGCAGCGUGUUAGCUUGCUCGGUGCUGUUCUUGCAGCUCUUUCGCCCGUGCGAACUGCUCCUCCCCCGAACGCCAAACUCGUUGAGAUAAAGGACCUUCUGGACAGCAAUCCUGGACAGGUCAUUGCUGUCUUUCCCGAAUGUGGAACGACCAACGGAAAGGCCAUUCUUCCUUUCAGCCCGAGUAUUCUGCAAACGCCAGCCGAUGUCCACAUCUUCCCAGUUAGCAUUCGAUACACGCCAUCCGACGUCACAACUCCUGUACCCGGAAAGUGGUUCCGAUUCCUGUGGGAUCUCCUUUCUCGGCCUACAACGUGUAUCCGCGUCCGAAUCGCUGAGGGCCAGAUCAACACAUCUGCUGCAAAGACCAACGGCGUCUCGCCAUCCACCUCCGAUGGGCUGCGUCAACGUAAUGAGACGAGCGCGGGCGUCACGGCGGAAGAGCAGCGCGUUCUUGAUCGUGUAGGCGAAGCUCUUGCCAGACUCAGCCGCGUUAAGCGUGUUGGACUCACGUUGAAGGACAAGGCGGCCUUUGUGAACGUACUAAACAACAAGAGAUGA